UGUUAUUUACAACAUUCGAAGCAACAAUAAUGUCAUGACAAGUCAAUAAUGUUCGAUUUUAAAUUAACAAAAUGGAACUGUUGCACGUUCAUUAUUUUUUGUUAUUUUAUACGAUGAUGUUUGUGACAACACUUUCGACGGGUUACAAAACAUUUAAGGAAACUGAUGUGUGCUCUGCACAAAGGCACAGAAUAUUUCUGGGCAAGCGGCAUGAAUCAUCUGCCAUCGUCAGUGUUACAGAUCUAAAUGAAAAUAACAGACAUUGCAAUUUUACUAUCGAAGCUUCAAAACAUAGUAAUGGCAUUUAUGUUGUAAUACAGAAAUUAUCUUUAAGAAGAUCAGAAGCGACUGGAAUAUGUUUAGACUAUUUACUGAUUCGCACUCCAAAAGGUGUUGUUCGUAGAACGUGUGGAGAGUACCAAGUAGGAAAGACUCCUCUUGAGAGUUUUGUUAUUCCAGAAAAUACUUUAUUUGUACAGAUUGAAUAUUAUGCAGAGAAGCCUCUAGCACCUGGUGAAUCUAUAGAAGUAUCGCUGGUGUUUACUUCUUAUUUUAAUGAUUGUAGUAAGGCAGGAGCGAAUGCUAAACCAUGCAUUCCUGAAAGAAAUGAAGGUUGUAUAUAUGGCAGAUUUUGGGAGGACAACAUUGUAAAUUGUCCAUCUCAAGACUGCCUUGAUGAAGAUGGCUGUGAGCAUCUUAGUGAACUAGAUGACAUUGACUACAUCCAGCCAGCACCUAUAACAUUAGGAGCAGUGACCACGAUUCUUCUGCUUCUACUUCUGUUCACAACAUGUUUAUGGGCUUGUAGAAAGCACCACGUCUGUUGUUGGGGACCAUUUUGUCAUCCAGAUGUUUCAUCAUCAAGGCAAAGAGCUAGUGACCCAGAUGAUAUAAAUGAUGUUAAUACUGCAGUACUACCUAGUGCACCUACAAUUGAAGUUAUUGUACAUCCACCUGUGUUUGAAAUGGCUGAAGAUGCAUCUCCGCAAGUACCAUCACAUGUUGACCCUGAUAAAGAUCCUCCUCCGUCCUAUGAAUCUCUAUUUCCUAAUUAAAGUUGGAAAAAAAAUUAUUGAUACGAAAUUAACAUCUGUGUACUUUGCACACAGAAGUUAAUGUGAUAUUAAGGUGUAUCACAUAAGUAAUAUGAAUUGACCUUAUGUAAGUACUUUUAUUAUAUGUAUAUAUGCAUAAAUAUGUAUAUAUACAUAUUGUUGAUUUUUUGGAUAGCUAUUAGUAAUUACGAUUGUUGAACUGCCUAACUA